AUGAAGAAGUACACUAACAGACUGAGAAGCAUGGCUUGUCAAGGUGAUGACUACUUAGAUUCCCUUCCACUGCCAGUUCAGCGCAUGCACUUAAUUCAGGUGGAUUCCGUACAGCGUUGGAUGGAGGACUUGAAGUUGAUGACGGAUUGUGAAUGUAUGUGUAUUCUUCAGUCCAAACCAAUCAGCACAGAGGAGGAUGCACAGAGUGAACUUAUCCUUUCAUCACAACAUAGUGCAUAUGAUAACUUGCAGUUAUUGUUAAAAAGAGCUUGGAUCAUAAGCACGGAGUUGACCAGGAUUGCUCAAAAACUAGAGAAGAACAGAUGGCAGAGAGUUCACAGCAUGACAGUAAGAGUCAAUUGUCACGUACAUUCAAUGAUAAACGAAUAUAAUAGCGUCACUAGAAAUUCCUCAGAAGAAAUGCACCAGUUUGAAAAACUUUUAAUUGAAAAAUGUUCGGAAUUUACAGCAGUCACGGAAAGGUGCAUACAAACUGAAGACGAACGGACAUUACAGUCCAUGAAAUCUUGUAUUAAUGAAACAUUAAUCACAGUCGCACAGUAUUUCGGCCAGUUGAUAGAAUUGGCCUUAACAUAUGAAAUACAGAAUCUUGUGAGACAAAUAAAUUCAUCAGAUAAUAUAUAUAUCACAGAAUCAUCUACCAUUGGUUUAUUCAGCCUUACCCAAGAGGGUGCUCAAUUGUGCCGCAUCAUAGCUAAGGAAGGAGGUGUUGUUGCUCUCUUUAAGAUCUGCCGCCAGGAUUGUUUCAGGUGCCUUUAUCCCCAGACUCUCAGAACACUGGCAUCCAUAUGCUGUGUGGAGGAAGGGAUUCACCAGCUGGAAAAGGUUGACGGGAUAUUGUGCUUGGCUGACAUUCUCACAGAUAGUACCCAUUCUGAAGCCACUCGUGCAGAAGCAGCAGCAGUAAUAGCACAAAUCACAUCUCCACAUCUCACUUUCACUCAGCAUCUCAGCAGCUUUCUGGAAAAUAUGGAGGAAAUUGUCACAGCACUUGUCAAAUUGUGCCAAGAGGCCUCAACUGGUGAAGUUUUCCUUCUGGCUUCAGCGGCACUUGCCAAUAUUACAUUUUUUGACACAAUGGCUUGUGAGAUGUUGCUUCACUUGAAUGCAAUGAAAAUUCUUCUAGCAGCUUGCGCUGACAAGCAGAUAGUCGAUACUCCAUAUUCUCGAGAUCAGGUUGUGACAAUAUUAGCAAACAUGUCUGUGCUGGACCAGUGUGCUUCAGAAAUAAUUCAAGGAAAUGGCGUUCAGCUUUUAAUGGAAAUGCUCUUUGAAAGAUCAUCUUCUGGGAAUUCAGCAGAAGUCACUGCUUGUGAGCGAGUUCAGCAGAAAUCUGCAGUUACUCUGGCACGGCUCAGCCGAGAUCCUGAAGUGGCACAUGCAGCCAUAAAACUCGGCUGUAUUCCUCGCCUUAUAGAACUCUGCAGAUCACCCGCUGAAAGAAAUAACAGUGAUUCUGUUCUAGUGGCUUGUCUGGCAGCCUUACGAAGACUAGCAGUUAUGAGUCCCGAUGGCCUUGAGGAUUCAGAUUUCCAGCAGUUGGUAAAGCCUAGACUUGUGGAUUCCUUUUUGCUGUGCACAAAUAUGGAAGAGAGCUUUGUAUAA